AAGUCAUUCCUUGUACAGGAAAAUUUUUUCAUUCUUUAAUGAUAUUUAAGUAUUAAACUCACCAGUUUUUAUAUAGGUUCUCCCUUCCUGAAUAAGUAAUUGAAUUUUAAAACUAUGUUGAACAAUUCAAAUAAAUGUGCAUCCCAGAAAAAAUUAAAAUAAGUGCAAAUUUAAUUUCUUCAAAAUAAGAUUUUUUUAUAAAAUUGAGAAAACAAGAUGCUUAUUUCAAAGGAGCUGAAAGUGUGCGUCUUCCCAUAAGAAAUCAAGCUACUAUAAAAAUUUUUAGGUUCCAGUGGAUGCUGUCUGUGGUGUCAUUGGAAGCUGCAUCUUGAACUUUCUGAAGGUAAUAUCUGGGCUUCAGAGUUCCUACCAGCUCUCUUUGCAACAAAAUAGACCAGCAGCUGCAGUCAAUCAAUCGCAAUCCUAUCAAGCCUUCAUGAUGUUUCCCUUGGCCAGAAAUGCACUACUCAGUCUCAAGGUUCAGAGCAUUCAGCAAAUGAUAGCAACACAGAGCCACCAAAAACACUCACUAGAUUUUCAUGACAAAUAUGGUAACGCUGUACUAGCCAGUAGAGUGACUUUCUGUUUUGUUGCAUGGGUAUUUGUAAUCACACAGCUAGGACUAGAAUGGAACCUGUCCCCUGUAAGAAGAGUCACUCCAAAGGAAUGGAGAGAGAAGUAACCAUCACAUUGCUGUAAUUCCAAAUUGUUUCCAAACCAACUUGUUAUCUAAGCACUCUGCUGUUUAUUAAAAUACAGCAUUAUUGAAGAAAUAAAACAUACUUGAAAUCUUUAAAAAAAAUUCUUGGCACCUCUAUAAUUGAAAGGAUUAAAUAUAAAAUCUUUAUGUUUGGUCUAGUAGCAAUCUAUUGGAAAUACACUUCCAACUAAAAUAGUACUAAGGUUGCAGAACUUCAGCAUAGUAUUCCAGUUUGUAAACUGAUUUUCUAUUGUCAAUUAUAAUGCUUCUAUUACAUCAUCUGUAAUGUAGUCUGUAAUACAUCAAUUUGUAUUACAUCAUCUUGAGCAAAUAAUCUAAGAAGCUGGACCACAUGAAGAAAAAC